UGAGAAGGAGGUGCUGAAAGCCCCACAAAGUGUGAGAAGGGGAAGUGCAGAGCUCACUCAACAUCAGAAAACAGAGACAACUGAAUAUUCUCCAAGCUGGUCUGAUCAGGUUCCAGAAUGGCUCAGAACUGCCUCAAGUGUUUGAAGUACAUCAUGUGUUUCGCCAACUUACUCUGUUUUUUGUGUGGUGUGGCGGUGCUGAUCCUCGGGGUGUACAUGACGGUGAGCUUCAGGAUGGCUGCCCUCACCCCCACCCUGGCCAGCUUCACCGUCUCCAACAUGCUGCUGGUCAGCGGCAUCGUCAUCACCUGCGUGUCCUUCCUCGGCUUCCUGGGAGCUCUGAAGGAGAACCGCUGCCUCCUGCUGACGUUCUUCCUGCUGCUGUUCUUCCUGAUGCUGGUGGAGCUGACAGCAGCCUGCCUGCUGCUCAUGUAUGAGGGGGAGAUUGCUACAAUGGUGAAUGACGAUCUUACCAAGGGUCUGGAGUUGGCCAAAGGAAAGACUGGAAAUAGCACCAUGAGUGAGUGGGACUAUGUCCAGGUUAAGCUCGACUGCUGUGGAGUCCAUAACUGGACGGACUGGGGGGUCAGUGUGCCGCACUCCUGCUGCCUUGACGACUGCGGAACCCCCAAGCCAAAGUACAGAGAGAAGGUAGACCUUCAAUGUCUCCUAACUUAUUUUCCUUAACCUAAGUUAAAAAGU